GUUGCUAUUCUGUCAGACUGUGAUUUUCCUAAUCCUCCGAAAAUAUAGAAAUAUUAAAGUAACCAAGGAACAGAGAAGCCGAGUGUACAUCUUUUGAAUUAAGUGCUUCCAGUACGUAACACCACGUAGUAAGGUCAGAAUCUUUCCGGCGUGAAAUGCAGUGGUACUAUUUAUUUACGGACAAAAAAGUCUCGCUUUACUUAUUCAGAGAUGAUGAAUUUUUUGUUUGUUGGCGUACUGCAGUAAUUAAUAAAGAACACACCAAAAAAAAACACAUUUUGAGCACUACUUCAAACAGCUCCGACCAUAGAAUUUUGGUAAUAUUAUUAAAGUAUUGCUUAUAUUGAGAUAAUAAUAAGGAAUUAUUGAAAAAGAAUUUAAUGUCGAAGAUGAGAAAACAUUCAGCUAGGUGUUGACUCAGUUUGCCUAUAAAAUAAAAACUCUAAACAUCAGGGUAUCAGUUUAUUAUUCUAAUUUCUUUGCAUACUCAGGCGUUUUGUAAAGUGUCAAAAUGCACUUUUAACCUCUGAAAUUACGUCAUAAUUCGAAAUUCGAUCAUUUGUGUUUGACGGCGUUCGCUGAUAGAACCAAUAUUUCUUAAAAGCCUUUUUCAAGGGAAACGAUAUUCGAUCGACCUUUACGUCUUUUGAGCUGAACUGUCAACGAUUUUUUGUAACCUCUACAGCACAAAAUAUACUGAAAGAUAUUAAAGUUUAACAACUUUUUAAUGAACGUUUCGUUUGGGAGAGAGGGAGGGCGCCCACUUCAUCACCAGAGUAAAGUUACAGUGCGAUUUUUAUCGCGGGUUUUUUAACCAGCGAUCGAAUUGACGCAAACCCAGCCGAGAAGCUUUUUCAAACUAUGGAAAAUUGUGCCAGAACACAAUUUGAAUUCACCGCACUCAGUGACUUCCGUGACAUUUUUUCCGCGAUACAAUACCUUGACGUCAGGGACUGGUCCACCCCUAAGGGCAUUUCACCAUAUUUGGUGUUGAGUGGCAAGGCACUGACGUAAUGAUGAUGUAAGAGGAGUUGUCAGGGUCGGUCCACCCCGCAGUAGCUAGCAGCUCGAGUGGUGACGCCACAGGUGACGCGACUGCUUCUCGCGAAGAAGAAGAAACACAACGACACGCUGGCUGCGUAAAGAAAUCAGGGUGACGUAGAAGUGACGUAGCAUAGACCACGAAACAGAAAGCUUUUCCUUGCUCCAACUUUCCUUAUCCUACAGCACCUUACGGGUGUUUAGAUUACCAUGGAGCAAAUCGAAGAGCAAUCCAAUGUGACCGAAAUGGAAAACGGGAGUACUGUGACCGUUCAACAAGGACAGGUUUUACAACAAAGCUCACCGCAAACUUCUAUGCCUCCACCGAUGCAAACUCCUUCAGUGAUUCAGGCUAACCAACAGUCCGUCAUACAGACAGCGCAAUCCAUUCAUUCCGCCUCGCUACAAGGUCAACAGAUCAGUUUGGCCCAGGCUGUCCAAGGAGUCAAUGACACAGAAGAUCCAACUGGUGGGGUCUUAGAUGAAGAAAGCAAAAAACGAAGGGACAUUUUGUCCCGGCGGCCAUCUUACAGGAAAAUUUUCAACGAGUUAUCUGGUUCUGAAAGUCCAACAAAGGUAGAGACAAUAUCUGAGGACAUCCAGACCCAAAGUGAAGGAACAGAAGGUGCCUCUCCAAUUGCAGUGAUAACCACAAGCACUUUAAACUACCAACAAGCUCCGCAAACUGUGACAAUUCCAGGAACUAUUCAGAUUGUGACAUCCGGUGAGGCACUGCAGACAGUGCCCAUGGCACAAAAUUCUUCAGGCACAGUGGUUCAAUAUCAACAGCAGCAACAGGACGGUCAACAGUAUAUUUACGCAACUAAUCCAGGAGAGGUCCAAGUACAGCAAGUCCAAGUUAGUAACACCGGUACAAUGUACACAAUACCUGCAGCACAACAGCAGUAUAUCCGUGGACAGUUGCCUCCAGGUGUUGUUCUUAAUUCACCUGGAAUUGGUGGAAACGGCCAACAAAUCGCUGAAGAUGCUUCACGGAAACGAGAAAUGAGACUGAUGAAAAAUAGAGAGGCAGCUAAAGAAUGUAGACGGAAGAAGAAAGAGUAUGUGAAGUGUCUUGAAAACAGAGUCGCUGUCCUUGAAAACCAAAAUAAGACAUUAAUAGAGGAACUCAAGACACUUAAGGAUCUUUACUGUCACAAGUCAGAAUAGAUUCUAUUGCUCUCUACUGUAAAGAAGCAGAAUUUAGAGAAAAUUUUUUCCAGUGACUUACAAAUACUCCUAGAAGUUUAUAUUUUGUCUUGGUGUGAGCAAAGCUUAGGUAUUUGCUAAAGAAUUACAGAAGCAGUUUUGAAUAGAAAAAAAUCUAACUCCAAUUUGGUUUCUUUGGCAAAUAAGUCAGUUCCAUUUUGUUUUUGUGUUAGUUGUGAUGGUUGCCUGUAUCAACCUUCAUUGUUGAAAUUGCAUUUCACAAGUCAUUGGAAAAGUUAAUAUUUAUACAUGUAAGAAAAUAGCUAACCUUCAGUCCAAAAAAACAGCAGCGUUAAGGUUGCAUGACAUUGUAAAUAGCUCUUGAUAUUUUAAUCAUUUGUAAUAAUGCAAUGCAUUCAUGAUUUUCUACAAAAGGAGAAAGUUUUAUGCUGGUAGAAGUUUUUUUUUUACCAUAGCUAAGUUUUUUUGUGUGUUUAUUAAGACUGUGGUUAUUAUUAUUAUUAACAUACUGGUAGAUGAAAAUGAUGUUGUUGUCAUUACUCUUUCUCUGUCAAUGUCAUUAAGAUAUGGUGUAAAUUAUAGAUUAAGACAUAACAAGAAUAACACAAGCUUUGUAAAACUCUAAAAAUGUGUGUUUUACUCCAAGUAGUUCACACAAAAUUUAUUCCUAUGGUUGAAUUAAAAGUAAAUGUUAAUACA